AUGACUGACGAAUAUAAGCCUCCAGCACUCCCCUCGCCUUUCACAAAUACCAGCCCGGCACCUGUCCUUCUCACCCAGGGCGCCGAAGCCCACCUCUACAAAACCAUCUCACUUGACCCCUCCACUCCGGCCGCCCUCAAGAUCCGCCCCUCCAAACCAUACCGACACCCCAUCCUCGAUCGUCGCUUGACUCGGCAACGAAUCGUUCAAGAAGCGCGAUGCUUAGUGAAAUUAGUUCGGGAAGGUGUCAGUGUCCCCGCCGUACUAGCAAUGGACUGGGAGGGUCAGGGCGGCGAGGAUGGCGGCUGGGGCGGAGCUUGGCUGCUCAUGGAAUGGAUUGACGGCCCCGUGGUGCGCAUCGUGCUUGAACAAUGGGAAGCAUGGAUGAAAAAGAACACUUCAUCGCUGGACCAGGCACAGCUCGAGUGGGAGGAGGAGCGCGUGCGGGGUCUGCUACGACGCAUGGGACAUGCGCUGGGUGGACUGCACAAGGCUGGCGUGGUUCAUGGCGAUCUGACGACGAGUAACUUGAUGCUACGGUUACCCGCGACAUCCACAGAUCCUGGUCCCACAGGGAGCGCACAGGACGAAGACCGCGCCGUGGACUUGUACGUGCUGGAGCGAGCAAUUGGGAGCACGCAUCCACGGUCAGAACCACUUUUCGAGUCCUUGCUGCAGGGAUACCGGGAGAGCCACAAGGGCGCGACUUCUACGCUCAAGAGGCUUGCGGAUGUGCGGUUGCGAGGCCGCAAGCGAAGCAUGCUUGGAUAA